GGCGCGGUGGCGCGCGCGGCCUGGGCCCGGGCCCCGCUGUGCCCCCUCCCGGGCUGUGCCCGCUCCGGGGCCGCGCCGGAGCCAUGCCUCGCUAUUGCGCGGCGAUUUGCUGUAAGAACCGACGGGGACGGAACCACAAGGACCGCAAGCUGAGCUUUUACCCGUUUCCUCUACAUGACAAAGAAAGACUUGAAAAAUGGUUAAAGAACAUGAAACGGGAUUCAUGGAUGCCCAGUAAAUACCAGUUCCUGUGCAGCGACCAUUUCACUCCUGACUCUCUUGACGUCAGAUGGGGCAUUCGGUAUUUGAAACAAACUGCAAUUCCAACAAUAUUCUCUUUGCCUGAAGACAGUCAGGAAAAAGACCCUUCCAAAAACAACUGUCAGAAGAAAAAAAUAGAGUGUGAAAAAGAGGUGUGCCUGAAAGCCACGUCACAAGAAUCAUUUGCAUCAGAAGAGCCGGAGAAAAGUACAGUUAAUACAGGAGUCCUCCCUGCACACGCAGAACCACUCCAUUCUUCUGCAUCGGUGAAGCCGCCAGCUCCAAAAGCAGGAAGUAUACACAAUAGCAUGUUAACUCUUAAUCCAGUUAAACUGGAAGACACGGGAAAGCCAGAAUCCACCUUGGAAGCAUCAAUUAACCAAGACAUGGGUGGUUUUCACACCUCUUUUAAUAAUCUAAAUUCGACAACUGUUACUUUGACAACUUCAGAUUCAGAAAGCAUUCAGCAGUCUUUGGAAACCCAAGAAGUGCUUGAAAUAACUACCAAUCAUCUUGCUAACCCAGACGUUACAAAUAAUUCAGUGGAAAUUAAGUCAGCACAGGAAAAUUCAAUCUUACUCAGCACAAUUACUCAAACGGUUGAAGAGUUAAACCCUAAUAAAGACUCUAAUGAAGUCUGCUUCCUUAUAGUUCCUUCCCCUUCUAGUCAGAUAAUCUUACUAGAACAACUUGUCUGUAAGGUGAUCUGUACUUACAUAAUACUGGGUGUGGGCCAGAAUGAAAUUAUUAACGACUGAAUUAUCCUCAAUAUUUGUGGAAUUUUAUGUUGUUUGAACAUUUGGCUAAAGUUAUCCAUAAUAACAAAAGGGAAAUAGUCCCUUUAUAAUCUUAUUCCAGGUGAACUAAAAUGGGGAACCACCCAUUAGCCCAGUUCUUAGGAAAGGUGCUUUAAACUUAAAAGAAUGUGUAUUUCGGCACCUUAUAUGUGGUUAACCGUCAUUAUACAUAGUCAUUUAAACUUCUGAACAUCCUAUAUUUAAGGUUAUAAUUUAUAAACCAAAAAUUUCAAUGAGGUUCAUUUUCUAUAUAUAUAUUACUAUAUUUUAGAAAUCACAGUAUAUAUCUAUUUAAUAUGUGUAGCUUUUUAAAAUGAGUGCUUGUGUUAUUUUUAAAUUCCAGAAUGAUAGAGUAAUAUUUAAUAUCAUACAUUCCCACUUAUGUAUAUUUUAUUAAAGUUUAUAUGCAAGAAAUUAUAGAUAUGUCAUGAUGACCUUCAGGAGAGAAGUAGGAAAAAUCAGUGAUGGAUGUAAAUAAAAAAUGCUGCAUAUAUUCAUAUGAAUUUAAGAAAAAAUAAAUAAAAACAAAAACUGGUAACAAUGUGAAAAAUCAGUACUCUCUUGAAAUGGGCAGUUAGUAUAAUUAAAUAUGUUACUGUUUAUGGUAUUGAGCAAGUUUCUAUAAAUCUGAUUCUUAUUUAUUUUUAAUUAGGUUGGCAAACAAGACAUUUUUAUAUAAAAAAUGCUUUUAUCUUGAGGGACGGUUUUGACAAAUCUAUAAGGUAGCAAUUAUAUUUUUGGUCCUGGAAAAUAGGAGGAGCUCAAUAAAUAUGAGUGGACUGCAUAGUAAAUAGUAUGCCAACAGUUCUGUAAAUGCAUGAUGAUUAUUUUUAGCUAUUGCUUAACUUUUUCAGGCUAAUAAAAGUAGUUGGUGUUAUAUGAAUAUAUGUCAGCUAGUUGUAAAAAGUUGAUUAGAAGUGUUCUUAUUGUGUGACCACGGGGAGGAAAACUUAACAUUUUACAUAAAUUAAGAGAUUUGGUAAAUUUAAUAUGUUAUUUUUAAGUAUUCCCAUGUUGUAUUUUGCUAAUAGUACUUUAAAAUUAAUGUAGAUGAAAAUGGCCUUUGUAAGUCAUCUAAAAAUGUUACAACUCAGUUUAUCACUGUAUACCAUGUAACUUCUAUGUGUUUAAAGUUGUUUAGCUUUAUUUCUUUAAACUUAAUAAAUCACAAAUAUUU